GUUUUUGAUAAGAUCAAACAAGAAUUAGUUUUUUAACUGUGUUAGAUUGAAGAAUGGAAUUAAUGGCUUACGUGUUGUAACAAAAACAUGGCACAAAGUUAGGACCUGUAGAUUUUCAUUAGAUAUGGUAUGGUAUAUCAGCACUACCACCCUGUGUACAAGCAGUUUGUGCAGCAGUGGCUGUAGAAGUAUCAGCUGAAAUUAUUUUAUUUUACCAUUUGACAUUUUUAAUUACACAUGCUGUAGAUAUUUUACUUUUAAAAACUAAACUGAAGUUCUUAUCACCUGCUCGACAUAUGUCUUGUAUGACUGUGCUAAUCUCACAACCACACAUUUCCAUUCAGAGAGGUAAUAUAAGACAAACCAUUAGAAAAAGGAGAAGUGUGGUUUGUAGAUGGUUCGUGUUAUAAAGAUAGCACAGGCAAAACUAACACAGGAUAUGCUGUGGUUAGCUCAGAUCAAAUUAUAGAAGCCAGACAGUUGCUAAAUACACAUUCAGCACAAGCUGAUAGAAAAAUAGCUUUGACAAGAGCAUGUCUUUUGGAAAAAAAGGCCAAUCAUUAACACUCUAAAAAUGGCUGGGUUAUUUUUUAACCUAAAAUGCUGGGUUGAGUCUGUUGGGUUGUUUUGCUGGGUUAUUUUUUUACAUUUUAAACACUUUUUGGGUAGUUUCAGUUUUCUAGGUGUUGGGUUAAAACUGCUGGGUUAUUAUGCUGGGUUGUUUGAAGAGGCUCAUGUGCUUCGCCCCCUUGAUGUUUGAAUGUGCUCAGCAACGGUCGUCGUGAAAGGACAGAGUCACUGGAAGCAGUUGUUUCAAGAGUGUGCAGAGUUUUUACGUCCAUCCAUUGAUGAGGCUAGCAAGACCUUCAUACAACUUCAGCCAAUUGCAACAAAUGUGGUGGAAUUUCUUCUCUGGACAAAAUCCUCGAAAACCCUUUCCUUUCGUCCUGGCCAUGGGAAACAUGCAGCAGAUCUCUCAAUGUUUUUUCUCAAUCAGUCUCUCUGAAUGCGGAAGUGACUUAAACUGCAAUUCGGCCAAGAUGGCGACGGCACGCACCGCCUACUUUUAGCUUCAAAAAUGCUCUUCACAAACAAAUGGGUGAUGUCACGGACACUACUUGCAUAUUUUUUACAGUCUAUGGUUUAAAGGCAUUUUAAGUGCUUGAAAAUAAAUACCCCAGGCAAUGUGCUUCUAUGGGAAUUCCUGUAGUCUGUCAUUUUUCAAAUGGAUGAAUCCUCUCCUGUUCCAUUCCUUUGCACAUCUUUGUUCGCGACGAGUAACUUUAAUAAUUGAAGUAUUUUUAGUCAAAUACAUUCCAUUCUGUGAAACUUAAAACAUUUGUUCUGUAAAAAACCUUUACACAUCUAUGAAUGAUUUUACUUUUAAUUUAACAAUUACAUUGUUUCUUUUCUUACACUGCUGUAGUUUUGUUUAUGUACAUUUCAGUAUUUCAUUUAUAUACUGUAAAAUUACAAAUUCUGUCUUAAAUUUAAACGAAUUGAUUCAACCUGUUACAUUGUUACUUCAAUGUGCAUAAUUUAUGAUAUUUUAUAAAUAUAUUUAUACUUGGGUCGGUAAGCAGUCCUUUAAAUGAUUUUGCAACUUCCAACUGUAAAAAUGUAAGAGUUUGUAGUUAUUUUGUAGUCAAAUAAACAUUUAUUUGCUGUUAACAAUGGUCUUGAUUUACAAUAAAGCACAUGAUAAAAAAAUAACCCAGCAAGAAUAACCCAAAACCCAGAAUAUUAAUGCCAUAAAUGGUUAAAGGUAUAGCGGAAGAUUUUCGCGAAUUUUUGAAAAUAACCGCCCCUCCACUUUUUUAAAAAAUGCACAUGCGCAAUACUCUACCUUCUCCAGAGAGGUAACGCCUAUUAAUCAUGUGCACGAGAGAGCGUGAACGAGCCGCCUCGUGCACGCUUUGUUUACAAGUUGCUGUCGGCAUCGCACAACGCAGAAAAAAGCUACUUUACAAGUGAAUAUUUGCACUUUUUCCCACUAUGUUAGACUCACCACAGAGCUUUCAAGAAGAGAGUCUUGUGGGAUCUGAUAUUGACUACGAGCCCGUGCCCGGUUCAUCCCAACCAAGAUGUAGUAGGGGGGGUGCGCCUAGAGCCCGAGGGAGACGAGGUCGGGGCAGGGGCGCAAGCACCAGCCGAGAGCGGGGAGAAUGCGGCCGUGGGAGAGGAAGCGGUCGGGCUAGAGGUCGUGGCCGUCUGCUCGUUGACCUGUCACGGGAGGACUUCCUAAGGGUUGAAGAGCUUCAUAAACAGAGGAUGGCAAUUGAGGAGGAUAUGAUAAAGAGACUGACAUUAGAUGACUGCCAACAGCUUCUACAAAGAUGGCUCACUCGUGAACCUAGUCUCAUCUUUGACCUCAUGAGUCUCACCCCUGAUCCCCCUCCACCAGGACCUCCUCAUCCACAGGCACCCAGCUGGUGUGUCUGUAGAAACUGCAGAAAUAUGCCAACAUUGCUGGAACAGAAAUGCUGUCAACAACAACCACAAAACUGCACAUCACUAUUGCCACACAUGGAGCUAUACAUCUUGCAGGAAGGUGUGCUAAGACUGGCCAGGCGAAUCUGGAAUGACCUAAGGGCAGAGGUGGACAUCCAGCAAAUGGGACCAGGACAUAGAAUUGUUAUAGCUUCAUCAGGGCUCUCAAGAGAGAAGUUCUCUGCCGAGAUCAUAUCUGUCGAGCCGCGGACACGGUCACACUAG